AUGAUGGGUAACUGUUGCACCAGAAAGAAGAAACUGAACAGGAAAAUCGUGUUGUUGCUAGUGGGAUUGGAUAACGCUGGUAAAACGAGGGCGGCGAAUGGGCUGCUGGGCGAAACCACCACCACGCCGGUUCCCACUGUAGGAUUCUCCGUGCUCAAUUUGAAGUACCUGAACCAUUCGGUCAAGAUUUUCGAUUUGGGCGGCGGGCCCAACAUUCGAGGAAUUUGGAACACUUAUUUCGUGGACGCGCACGGGCUGAUCUUCGUGAUCGACUCCAGCGACUCGUCCAGAUUCGACGAGGUGAAGGCCGUCUUCAAAGAGAUCCUCUACAGCGACAAGAUAUCGGGCAAGCCGAUCCUGAUCCUGGCGAACAAGCAGGACGACGCGAACGCCGCCGACGAAAUGGAGCUGAUCGAAUACCUGGACAUCGAGCACCUGGUGAACGCCAGGAGAUGCCCGACGUUGGUGCAGAGCUGCUCGGCCUCGGAGCAAACCCAAUCCAAGCUGGAUUUGGGCAUACAGAAAGGCUACAAUUGGAUAAUGGGCUACAUCAUCAAAAACUACGAGACCCUGAACGCCAGAGUGGAACGGGACGUCGAAGAGCAGCAAAUAAAAGACCACGAGGAGCUGCUGGAGAAGAUAAAGCGCAUCAAAGAGCAGCACGCCGUGGAGGAGAGGAAACAAAAAGACGAUAAAAUAGAAACCUACUCGGAGUACGUGAAAAACAUGAACGGUGGUAACUACGCGAAAGCCGAGGGAUUCUCGCAAGAGGAAAUCGCGCAAGCUCCAUUCGAAGAUUCCAGCAGCAUCGGCAGCAGCACUUUAUCCAAAUCCACCGAGUCUUUUCCGCCAGUGUACAUAACAAGCAACGAAUUCGCCAUCGUAGAUCGGCCGAAAAGCGCCGUGGAAUUGGUGAAGAACCAGCUGAAGUUGAGAGAGAACGUUCAAAAACCGCCGGCCAGACAUCGAGCGAACAAAACGGCUCCCAUUCAUUUGUACGGGGCCAGGUUUCCCUAUUCGGCGGACGAGCGCAGGAGGCGCCAGGAAAACUACGUCAGGAGGCACCUCAGGUCGGCGGAUAACGCGCUGUUCACCAUAAGCAAGCCCGUCAUGGGGCCCAGCGGGGAUUGCAUCGAAAUGGCGGUGUUCGAGAACGGUAAAAUGACCGAGAGGAACGGGAAAGUGGACGUUCUCAGCAUAAUAGACAUUUGA